UCCAGGCUCGCUGGCUGGCUGUCCCACUCCCCGCUGAGACGCCCUCCCGAGAGGUCGCCCCACAGUCCCAGGGAGCCCGAAACAGGCAGCCAAGUGACCCGCGAUGGAAGCUGCAGAUGCCUCCAGGAGCAACGGGGCCAGCCCAGAAGCCAGGGAUGCCCGCAGCCCAAUGGGCCCCACCGGUGGCCUGGAGAAUGGAGCCAAGGCUGAUGGCAAAGAUGCCAAGACCAUCAAUGGGCACGGCGGGGAGACGGCCGAGGGCAAGAGCCUGGGGAGCCCCCUGAGGCCAGGUGAGGGAAAAGGCUCCCUGUUCUUGGGGAACGAGUGGCGACGGCCCAUCAUCCAGUUUGUCGAGUCCGUGGAUGAGAAGGGCUCCAAUUACUUCAGCAUGGACUCUGGGGAAGGCAGGAGGUCACCCUACGCUGGGCUCCAGCUGGGGGCGGCCAAGAAACCGCCUGUCACCUUUGCCGAGAAGGGGGAGCUGCGCAAGUCCAUCUUCUCGGAGCCCCGGAAGCCCACGGUGUCCAUCGUGGAGCCCGGGGAGAUGCGGAGGAACAGCUACCCCCGGGCCGACCCUGGCAGCCUCCUGCGCUCCAAGGCGGGCUCCGAGGAGGUCCUGUGUGACUCCUGCAUCGGCAACAAGCAGAAGGCCGUCAAGUCCUGCCUGGUGUGCCAGGCCUCCUUCUGCGACCUGCACCUCAAGCCCCACCUGGAGGGCGCUGCCUUCCGCGACCACCAGCUGCUCGAGCCCAUCCGGGACUUCGAGGCCCGCAAGUGCCCCCUCCACGGCAAGACCAUGGAGCUCUUCUGCCAGACGGACCAGACCUGCAUCUGCUACCUCUGCAUGUUCCAGGAGCACAAGAACCACAGCACCGUGACUGUGGAGGAGGCCAAGGCGGAGAAGGAGACGGAGCUGUCACUGCAAAAGGAGCAGCUGCAGCUCAAGAUCAUUGAGGUUGAGGAUGAAGCUGAGAAGUGGCAGAAGGAGAAGGACCGUAUUAAGAACUUCACCACCAGUGAGAAGGAUGUCCUGGAGCAGAACUUCCGGGACCUGGUGCGGGACCUGGAGAAGCAAAAGGAGGAAAUCAAGGCUGCACUGGAGCAGCGGGAGCAGGAUGCUGUGGAUCAGGUGAAGGUGAUUGUGGAUGCUCUGGAUGAGAGGGCCAAGGUGCUGCAUGAGGACAAGCAGACUAGGGAGCAGCUGCACAGCAUCAGCGACUCGGUGCUGUUUCUGCAGGAAUUCGGUGCAUUGAUGAGCAGUUACUCCCUCCCCCCGCCCCUGCCCACCUAUCAUGUUCUGCUGGAGGGGGAGGGCCUGGGGCAGUCCCUCGGCAACUUCAAGGAUGACCUGCUCAAUGUGUGCAUGCGCCACGUUGAGAAGAUGUGCAAGGCUGACCUGAGCCGUAACUUCAUCGAGAGGAACCACAUGGAGAACGGGGGUGACCACCGCUACAUGAACAACUACACCAACAGCUACACGAGUGAGUGGAGUGCUCCAGACACCAUGAAGAGAUACUCCAUGUACCUCACGCCCAAGGGUGGGGCCAGGACGUCGUACCAGCCGGGGUCCCCCAGCCGCCUCUCCAAGGAGACCAACCAGAAGAACUUCAGCAACCUCUAUGGCACCAAAGGCAACUACACCUCCCGUGUCUGGGAAUAUUCCUCCACCAUUCAGAACUCUGAUGACCUGCCCGCCGUCCAGGGCAGCUCCUCCUUCUCCCUGAAAGCAGGCACUGGGAAAGUCCCCUAUCAGUUCACCACCUUGGGACAGGCCACCACAGAGUUUUCCAAACCACUGGACGGCAGUGGGCUGUUUAAAAAUAAUCCUGGCUACCCCUCCCUCAUGCGGAGCCAGAGCCCCAAGGCCCAGCCCCAGACCUGGAAGUCCGGAAAGCAGACUUUGCUGUCUCACUACCGGCCAUUCUACGUCAACAAAGGCAGUGGGAUCGGGUCCAACGAGGCCCCGUGAGUCCAGCAGGCAGAAGGAGGCACCGCCAGCCCUGCCCUCCCCAGCUCAUCCUGCUGCUCUUGCUACUGUCCCAGCGGGGUGGGAUGGAGCCCGGCCCUGCGCCUCCCGCCCCCAGCCCUCUGCAGCCCCCUCAGGGCCAGCCUGGCCUCCCCCCCUCCCCAACUAGCCAGGCUCCAUCCGGGCCCCUUCCUGCUUUGUGACUUCUGACGGUCACCAUCUUUCCUGUGUUCAGAGGUCAACCAUGGCAGUGAUGGAAAUAGGUGGGCUUCUCUCCCCUAACCCAACACCCCCUCCUCUUACAUGGGAUGUUUGUGGUACCAGCCUGCCUGUCCUGUCCACGCCUCUGCUGUCUUCAGGCCUGUUGGCCGUUUCUCUCCAAGGUCCCUUGCCCUGUGAACGUGGUCAGUGUGUGUCUGGCCAAGAGAGCUGCCAUCCCCCUCUGCAUGGGCCCACCUUCUUCCCAGCGGCCUGGCCCCAUCAAGAGAAGACUGGUCCUAGGUGCUUGCUCUGGUCCCAUCUCCCAAUGCCCAGCCUGGCAGAGCCCCCAGCCCU